UCUCUAUUAUUUCUGAAAAAAAAAACAAAGGCAUAAAUAAAGCUAAAGCAGUGAUAGCUUUAUUCUUUAUGGACCAAACCCUUCAUCUUUCCCUUUCCUUUGAGUUUCCCCGAGAAACUACUCCAGAGAUUCUCCCUUUCCCGGUUCCUCCAUUCCUAUUCACGCAACCAACAGCGAGUAGUAGAGACGUUUUCCCCUGCGCCUAUCAUCAUCAUCUCUAACGCCAAAAGAUAAGCAUGCCCGAAAUUCAGUUAGGUGCUCAUACGAUAAGAUCCCAUGGAGUCACCGUGGCGAGGUUCCACAUGCAUGACUGGCUUAUCCUUCUGCUGCUUAUCGUCAUUGAAGUUGUUUUGAAUGUCAUCGAACCCUUUCACCGUUUUGUUGGAGAGGAUAUGCUCACUGAUCUCAGAUACCCUCUUCAAGACAACACAGUUCCUUUCUGGGCUGUCCCGUUGAUAGCAGUUGUGCUCCCAUUUGUUGUCAUUUCUGUUUAUUACUUCAUCAGAAGAGAUGUUUAUGACCUGCAUCAUGCAAUAUUAGGUUUGUUGUUCUCUGUACUAAUAACCGGUGUUAUAACCGAUGCUAUAAAGGAUGCUGUAGGUAGGCCUCGUCCUGACUUCUUUUGGCGUUGUUUCCCUGAUGGUAGAGGGUUCUUUCACAAUGUCACAAGGGAUGUUCUGUGUACUGGAGAUAAAAACGUAGUCAAAGAAGGACACAAGAGCUUCCCCAGCGGCCACACGUCAUGGUCGUUUGCUGGGCUAGGCUUUCUAGCGUUAUACUUGUCAGGGAAGAUCAGGGUGUUUGACCAGAGAGGGCAUGUGGCAAAGCUUUGCAUUGUUUUUCUACCUCUACUAGUUGCAGCGUUGGUUGGUGUAUCCCGAGUUGAUGACUAUUGGCAUCACUGGCAAGAUGUGUUUGGUGGAGCUAUCAUAGGAUUAACAGUGGCCUCGUUUUGUUAUCUACAAUUCUUUCCCCCUCCAUAUGAUCCAGACGGUUGGGGCCCUCAUGCGUACUUCCAAAUGCUGGCAGACUCUAGAAACGUUGUCCAAAAUUCAGCAGGAAUGAAUAAUCUAAGCGUGAGGCAAGCUGAGCUGGAGAAUGUGUACGUUCAUCAACAAGGGACUUCCAUGGAGAUAUCUAGAAGCAACACACGCGGGACACCACAAGAAUGCUAGAGAGCCGUUAAUUUCAACUCUGUCGUGUAGUCGUUAUCAGUUUUUGGUGUGUGUUUCUGUUGAUUUUAUUGGGUUGGCCUCUAUCUAAAAGUCCAUAUAGUUCGCAGUUAAAAGAAAAUAUAGACUCACACCACUAGAGUAGAUAGGCUCACAUGGAGGGAUAUAGAAACGCUAAAAGGAGAGCUUGAAACUCUGACCUGGUAGUAAACAGUCAAAUGCUCUAUAGCCAGCUUCUUGUUGACA